AUAUAACGAAAGAUCCAGAAACGCCACCGUAACGAGUAGCCUGCCACUUCUCCGCUUCGAUUUGUUCUCUGUUUAGAGAAAAGAAAAGAAAACCCAAAGCUGAAACAAGAACAAAACAAAGACAGCCACACGAAAAGAAAGAAGACAUUGUAAAAACAUGGCAACAACAGAUAUACCAGAUGGAACGGUAAGCAACAUACUAGACCAAGACACUCUCAAGUGGGUUUUUGUUGGAGGCAAAGGUGGUGUAGGCAAAACGACUUGCAGUUCGAUUCUCUCAAUUCUUCUGGCUCAAGUCAGAUCUUCCGUUUUAAUCAUAUCUACUGAUCCAGCUCAUAACCUUAGUGACGCGUUUCAACAACGAUUUACGAAGACUCCUACUUUGGUUAAUGGGUUCAGCAAUUUAUACGCUAUGGAGGUGGAUCCUAACGUUGAAAACGAUGAUAUUGGAGGAAGCGAAGGAAUGGAUAGUUUGUUUUCUGAGCUUGCGAAUGCAAUUCCUGGCAUUGAUGAGGCCAUGAGUUUCGCGGAGAUGUUGAAACUGGUGCAAACGAUGGAUUAUUCCUGUAUUGUAUUUGAUACUGCUCCAACUGGUCAUACACUCCGGCUAUUACAAUUUCCAUCAACUCUGGAGAAGGGGCUUCAGAAGGUGAUGUCUUUGAAAAGUAAAUUUGGCGGCUUAAUUGGUCAGAUGACUCGUCUCUUUGGCAUCGAUGAUGAGUUUGGUGAGGAUGCAAUCUUGGGAAGGCUUGAAGGCAUGAAAGAUGUGAUUGAACAAGUCAAUAAGCAAUUCAAAGACCCAGACUUGACAACCUUUGUUUGUGUUUGCAUUCCCGAGUUCCUAUCCCUUUAUGAAACUGAGAGACUGGUUCAGGAGCUUACCAAGUUUGAGAUUGACACGCAUAAUAUUAUCAUUAAUCAAGUCCUUUAUGAUGAAGAAGAUGUCGAAUCCAAAUUACUCAAAGCGAGAAUGCGGAUGCAACAGAAGUACCUUGAUCAGUUCUAUAUGUUGUAUGAUGACUUCAACAUUACAAAACUUCCAUUGUUGCCACAAGAGGUUACUGGAGUUGAAGCGCUCAGAGCUUUAUCAAGUCACUUUACAUCACCAUAUCAACCUUCCACCAGCAGAAGUGCUGUGGAAGAUUUAGAACGAAGGAUAUCUACCCUAAAGCUGCAGUUGGAACAUGCUGAAGAAGAACUAGACAGACUUCAAAAAGGAAAGCAAAAGGUCUAAAUGUUGCGUGUUCAACCAUUUUGUAAGAGUGCACAAUUAGAUUGCGUCCAGUCAUGUCAUAUUGGGCUGAUUGGAAUAAAAGUCAUGCUUUAUGGAAGCUCUGUACGAUGUUUUGGGUAGGUUAAUUUAUUCAUGAACAUUUUUUUAUGCUCCUUUACCGUGCAAUAAGUGUGCUUUUUCAUUAAUAAUAUUCAUGCUUUAGCCAUUUCAACUA